AUGCCAUCCCUACUCCGACUAAUCCGUCAGGUGAAGUUGAAAGGUGAGACGAACAACGGGGUCAGUAUUUACGAGGUAAAUCAAUGGGUGACAGCGGUCGGGAGCAACAUGUACGGGCUUGGUGUAGAUAAAGAUACAUACCUAAAUGCGCAUAACUCUCUCUCUCUCUCUCUCUCUCUCUCUCUCUCUCUCUCUCUCUCUUUCUAUAUCUCUCUUUCUCUCUCUCUCUCUCACUUUCUUUCUCUCUCUCUCUUUCUCUCUUUCUCUAUCUCUAUCUCUUUCUCUCUUUCUCUAUCUCUCACUCACUCUCUGACAAGGGAGUCAAAUUUGUUCUUUUUCCUCUCUUUCCUUCCUUCCAUCUCUCUCUCUCUCUCUAUCUGUCAUUCUCUCUCAUUCUCUUCCCAAUCCCUUUCUCUCCCUUCCCUCACUGUCUCUCUCUCUCUGUCUCUCUCUCUGUGUAUCUCCCUCCCUCUCUCCCCUCUCUCUCUCUAUCUCUCUCUCUCUCUCUCUCUGUCACUCUCUCUCAAUUUUGAACAUGUCGGUGAUCUACUAUUCCUUCCUUCCCUUCCUUCAAUCUUUUUCCUUUCAUUCCUUUUCUCCCUUUCUUCAGGUCAAUUUUUUCUUCUAUUAUUCUUUCCUCUCUUGCAUUCUCUUCCUAUUUCUAUUCCUCUUUCCUCUCUCCUACUCUGUCUCUUCCCUUUUUCUAUCUAUUCUUUUCACUCGCCCAAAUCUCUUUCUCUUUUGAUGUCUCUUGCCUCCUACUCUGCUUCUUCCCUUCUCCUUGUAAUAUUCUUCCUCUUCCUGCAUCUCUUCCUCCUGCUUUGUCUCUUCCCGGAUUUCUUCCUCUUUCCAUGUCUCUUGCCUUACUCCUCCUCUGCCUCUUCCUUCUAUUCUUUUCCCCCUUCCUGUAUCUCUUCCUCUUUCCAUGUCUCUUGCCUUAUUCCUCCUCUGUUUAAUGUCUCUUCCUUUUCUUCCUGUCUCUUUUUCUUUUCUUCCUUCUAUUUUUCAUCUCUUCCCCCCCUUUCCAGGUCACCUGCCUCCCUCCUUCCCCGUUUCUUCCAUUCUUCCUCCCACUCCUUUCCCUCUUCCCGUAUCUCUCCCUCAUUCCAUGUCUCUUGCCUCCGUCUUAUUCUGCUUUUCCCUUUCUUACUCCUAAUCUCCUUCCUCUUCACACAUCUCUUCCUCUUGCCUCAUUCUUACUCGACCUCCUCCCUCUUACCUCCUUCCCUUCUUUCUCUUCCCGCAUCUCUUCCUCUUUCCACCCCUCUUACCUCCCACCUUCUUAUCUCUCUUCCCUUCUUUCUCUUCCCGCAUCUCUUCUUCUUUCCAUCCCUCUUUCCUCCCACCUGCUUAUCUCUCUUCCCUUCUUUCUUUCCCCGUAUCUCUUAUUUCCAUGCUUCUGACCUCCCGCCUACUCAGCCUCUCCCCUCCUUCCUCUUCCUGCAUGUCUUUCACUACCCAUACAACUUGCGUCCCUCCCACUCUGAAAUAUAG